AUGAGUACGAAAGCCAAUGAUUUGGGAAAUACUGGAGGUUCAAGACAAAGAAGGGACAAAUUACUUUCAGUGCAACAUCAGGUCCAAAAACUUUGGGAAGAGAAUCGAAUUUAUGAGGCAGACGCAGACCCGUCCCGUGAGAAAUAUAUGAUUACAUUUCCAUAUCCAUACAUGAAUGGAAGGUUACAUUUAGGACACGCCUUUACUUUAACCAAAGCAGAUUUUCAAGCGAGAUUCCAGAGAAUGAAUAAUAAAAAUGUUUUAUUUCCAUUUGGCUUUCAUUGUACAGGAAUGCCAAUAUGUGCAAGUGCAGACAAAUUAAAAAUGGAGUUGAACUCUACAAAUUUGGUUGGAAACGGUAAAGAGAAAGAAGAGACAAAUCAAGUACAACUUAAAAGUAAAGUUGCAGCUAAAACAGGAGGGGCAAAGAGCCAAUCAGAAAUUCUUAAAGCAAUGGGUAUUCCUGAAGAAGAGAUAAGCAAAUUUACUGAUCCAGUUUAUUGGACUGAGUACUUCCCCCCUCUUGCACAAAAAGAUUUAAAGGAUUUUGGAACUGCUGUUGAUUGGAGGAGAUCAUUUAUUACAACAGAUAUUAAUCCUUAUUAUGAUGCUUUUGUUAAAUGGCAGUUCAGAACUUUGAAGUUUAAAAAAGAUAAAAUAAGAUAUGGAUUAAGACCCGCAGUAUUUAGUAGAAUAGAAAACCAGCCAUGUGCUGACCAUGACAGAUCUUCAGGAGAAGGAGUUGGACCUCAAGAAUAUACUUUAAUUAAAUUGAAAGCACUCAGUUUACCAGAAAAUAUUGAGAAACUAGUUGGCGGAAGAAAUGUGUUUUUUGUUACUGCAACUUUAAGACCAGAAACAAUGUAUGGUCAAACUAACUGUUGGAUAUUACCUACUGGAGAAUACGAAUUAAUAUUGGCUUUUGACUAUCCAAUAUGCAAAUCAUUAGAAACUUCUGAUGGAGUUUUAAGGAAGAUUUAUGAAAGCAAAGAAGAAGCAUUAGCUGAUUGUAACACGGUCUUUGUAUGCUCCAAAAGGAGUGCUUAUAAUAUGGCUUAUCAGGGUAUAGUACCACUAGUUAAUGAAAAUUCCUUAAUACAAGGUAAAAAUGUUGAUUCCUUACCGGAGGUUAUCUCUUUUUCAAAAAUGAGUGGAGAGGAUCUUAUUGGAAUUCCAUUGUUACCUCCAAAUGCAUAUUAUUCUAAGAUUUACACCUUACCAAUGUUUUCAAUUUCAAUGGAUAAGGGUACUGGAGUAGUUUCAUCUGUACCAUCCGAUUCUCCUGAUGAUUAUGCUGCUUGGAAUGAUAUUAAAACUAAACCAGGAAUUAGGGAAAAAUAUAAUAUAAAACAAGAGUGGUUAUUAGAUUUAGUUCCAAUUAUUGAUACUCCUGAGUUAGGAACUUUAGCUGGCGAAACAGUGUAUCUAAAGUACAAGAUUCAAAGCCAGAAUGAUUCAGCUAAAUUAAAACAAGCUAAAGAAGAAGUUUACAAAAAAGGUUUUUAUGAUGGAGUAAUGAUAUCAGGAGAUUUUAAAGGCAUGAAAGUUUCAGAUAUUAAGGAAAAAGCUAAACAAAAGUUGAUCAGUGAUAAAAAUGCUCUAAUUUACUUAGAACCCGAAAAUACUGUAAUUAGUAGAACUGGAGAAUUUUGUAUUAUUGCUUUAUGUAAACAGUGGUAUCUUGAAUAUGGAGAAGAAAAGUGGAGGAAAGAUGUUUAUAACUGGGUUAAUGAUGAAAAGUCAUUUGAGACAUUCUAUCCACAAGUAAGAACUUCAUUCUUGGAGGUUAUUAAUUGGUUAAAGGAGUGGGCAUGCUCUAGAUCUUAUGGCUUGGGGACUUAUCUUCCAUGGGAUACUGAAAACAACCAAAAAGUUUUAAUUGAAUCUUUAUCUGAUUCUACAAUUUAUAUGGCUUAUUACACUAUAUGCCAUUUUUUCCAUUCUGAUUUCGAAGGUAGAUCAAAGGGAUUAUUGGAUAUUCCUAUUGAAUAUGUUAACGAUGAUUUAUUCGACUAUGUCUUUUGUUUGAAGGAUGAACCAUCUGAAGAUUUAGUUAAAAAUAUUGGCAGAGGACAGCUUGAUAUCAUGAGACAAGAGUUUAAGUGUUUUUAUCCUCUGGAUUGUAGAGUUUCUGGAAAGGAUUUAAUAUUUAACCAUCUCACAAUGUGCUUAUAUAAUCACGCUGCUAUUUGGGAGAAUAAGAAAGAUUUCUGGCCAAAAAGUUUCUAUUGUAAUGGACACCUUAUGAUAGAUUCUAUGAAAAUGAGUAAAUCAACUGGAAAUUGGAUUACUUUGGAGGAUGGAAUUAAUGAAUAUUCUGCAGAUGCUUGUAGAAUUGCUUUAGCUGAUGCUGGAGAUAUGAUUGAUGAUGCAAACUUUUGCAGAGAUACUGCUAAUUCAGCUAUUAUGAGACUUUAUUCUUUAAUCCAAUCUGCUCAAUUUUAUGUUGAAAAUAAAGAAAAACUUAGAGGAGGAUCUCAGGAAAUUUCCAACUCUGAAUUGAAUAACUUUCUAAAGGAAAACCCAAAUGCUUUAAAUGCUUUGAAUCAGGCAGAUCAAAUAUUUACAAGUGAAGUUAUUCGUCUUACUAAUGAAACUUUUAAUUCAUAUAAGAAUUUUGCAUAUAGAGAUGCAUUAAAAUAUGCCCUAUUUGAAUUUCAACUUAGAAGGGAUCAAUAUCGUUUAUUAUGUGAUUCUAAUGAUUUAUUCUUAAACACCAAUAUAUUAAAAUUAUUUAUAGAAACACAAAUAAAGAUUUUAGCACCAAUAGCUCCACAUACAUGUGAAUAUAUUUGGAGAGAUAUUUUAGGAAAUGAAAGUUUUAUUGUAAAUGUUAAGUGGCCAGAUUUUAACGAUAAUUCAAUUAAAGAUUUUAAAUUCUCUUUAAGCCAUAGCAAAAUGUUGAAUUUAUUAAUUAAAUCUAUUGAAGAUUUUCGAAAAUCAAUGGAUAAGUGGGUUAGUAAUAAAAAAGGCGGAGCCACAUCAACAGGAGGUGGUAAACCAAAGGCAACUUCUGCAACAAUUUAUGUUUCAAAUGAGUAUCAAGAUUGGCAAAUAGAAGGCUUGGAUCAAGUUCAAAAGAUGAUUGAUGAAGAAGGAAGUCUUCCAAAAGAUUAUAUUUCAAGGUUAAGAAAAACUCCUGUGAUAGAAAAGAUGGAUAAGAAUAUGCUUAAGAAUGUACUUUCAUUUAUUUCAUUGAAAGCCAGCGAAUAUAAAGAAAAUGAUUCAGCUUUUAGUAAAACUCUCCCAUUUAAUGAAUUUGAACUUUUUUCAACUCAAUCACAUUUCAUUUCAAAAUCAUUAGGUUUACAGCAAAUACAAGUAAAACAUACUAAACAAGAUUGCUCAGAAAUAACAGCUGAUAAAUUAUCUCAAGUUAUCCCAUCAAGGCCAAUGAUUGUCUUUGUUUAA